GCGGCCCCGCGGCGCCGCUCCCCGGCCCCCGCUCCCUCAGCUUUCCAUGUGGUACCCAUGAAGAUGAGGCUGAGGACACGGAAAGCUUCCCAGCAGUCCAACCAGCUCCACACGCAGCGGGCGCUGCGGGCCAAGCGGAAACACUCGGAGGUGGAGGAGCCCUUACCUGGCGGCGGGGGAAAACCACCCAAAAAUGAGACAGGCCUCUUGUCCUCGAUCAAAAAGUUCAUUAAAGGAAGCACACCCAAGGAAGAAAGAGAAAAUCCCACCAAGAGGAGUCGGAUUGAGCGGGAUAUCGAUAACAACUUGAUCACCUCCACGCCCCAGACGGGAGAGAAGCCCAACAAACAGCUGUCGCGAGUGCGGCGGAAAAGUCAGAUGAACGGAGAAGCUGGAAGUUAUGAGAUGACGAACCAACACGUAAAGCAAAAUGGAAAAUUGGAAGAUAACCCUACCACAGGCAGCCCCCCACGAACAACGUUACUGGGAACCAUAUUUUCUCCUGUUUUCAAUUUUUUUUCACCAGCAAAUAAAAAUGGAACAUCGGGCUCCGACUCUCCGGGCCAGGCUGUGGAAGCUGAGGAGAUUGUGAAGCAGCUGGACAUGGAGCAGGUGGACGAGAUCACCACGAGCACGGCCACCUCCACCAACGGCGCCGCCUUCCCCGGGCAGGCCCUGCAGCUCCGGGCUGUCAACAACGGCCUGGGCGACACCGAGGAGCCGGGGGACCGCGACCUGCCCCCGCUCACGGCACCAGUAUCUCCAGACAGUGGCUACUCAUCAGCUCAUGCAGAAGCCACCUAUGAAGAGGACUGGGAAGUCUUUGAUCCAUACUAUUUCAUCAAACAUGUCCCCCCACUAACAGAAGAGCAGCUGAACAGGAAGCCAGCUCUCCCACUGAAAACCAGAAGCACACCAGAGUUCUCAUUAGUUCUAGACUUGGAUGAAACAUUAGUGCACUGUAGUCUAAAUGAAUUAGAAGAUGCUGCACUCACUUUUCCAGUUCUUUUUCAAGAUGUCAUUUACCAGGUGUAUGUGCGGCUAAGGCCGUUCUUCCGAGAGUUCCUGGAGCGGAUGUCUCAGAUUUAUGAGAUCAUUCUGUUCACUGCUUCUAAGAAGGUGUAUGCAGACAAGUUGUUGAACAUCCUGGACCCCAAGAAGCAGCUGGUCAGGCAUCGACUCUUCCGUGAGCACUGUGUGUGUGUACAAGGGAACUACAUCAAGGAUUUAAACAUCCUGGGCAGAGACCUCUCCAAAACCAUCAUCAUCGACAAUUCACCACAAGCCUUUGCUUACCAGCUUUCCAAUGGAAUUCCUAUAGAAAGCUGGUUCAUGGAUAAAAAUGAUAAUGAGCUCCUAAAGUUGAUUCCAUUUCUGGAGAAACUCGUAGAGCUGAACGAAGACGUCCGGCCUCACAUCAGAGACAGAUUUCGCUUGCAUGAUUUGCUACCCCCCGAUUAAAGCCUUUGCUCUCACUGCCGAGGGGAGGAAAUGCAGGACCCUGUUGGACUAAUACAAAACAUUGCCAUUACUGUUGAAAUUUUGCAUUUUUGUACCCCGUCUUGCUUUUCUUAUCUUUGGUGCCCAACAGUGAUCAAGGGUUACAGAAAGAGACUUUCUACACCUGAGGUUGCCGCCAUCAGUACAAUCCAGUACCCGCAGUAGGGAGGCUAGAACAGAAAAGUCUUUAGAACUAGUGCGACUCCAAGGAAAUUUUUUAUGUACAGGACAUCUGCAGUUUAUAAAGAAAAUUCUGUUUCUGCCACCAGCAGUCUGACCUGUAGAAACACAGGAUUUUAUGAUACAACAGAGAUUGAAAACGGACUCGGAUUUUCUCUCUGUUCGGUGCUCUAAGUGGGUUUGUAGCCACUUUUCUGUUACUUUUAAGAUUCUCAUUUCAACAGGAAUGGCCAGUAAAAGUUGUUUUAUUUUUCCUGUUAAGGUUUAUAACCUUUUUACAUUUUUGACCUGUAUUAGAUUAGAGUUUCAUUAUGCAUUCCUUUUAGUUGAGGCGCUUCAUAGUUUUUCUGGAAAUAGCCAAAUUUUAUUAGUUUUUUAUUAAACAGUUGGCUGGCCGUUUCCCUGCUUUGUCUGCCUGCAUCCUGUAUAUUUGUUUAAAAAUAUUCUCUAGUUUUAGCCCACGUAAGUUUCAUUUAGAAAGAAAAAAGAAAAAGAAAAAAAAAAAAAAAACCAACCCAACAAAACCCCCCCGCAUUUAUAUAUAUAUAUUUUUUUUUUCUGUAAUAUUCUACUGUAGUCGAAACCUUUUCAAAAAAUCAAGAGACUGGCUAGAUAAGACGAAGAUAAGAAUUACUAAUAUUGGGAAUAUCCCAACCCCUUGGGAUGGCACGUCCUCUGGACACAGCACGGCUGGCAGUGGCACCACAUGGACAAGGAAUACCUCAGCCUCUGCUGUGCCUGGGGCAGGACGAGCGUGCUCCUGGCCACGGGGCUCCUGUGACACUCCUGCUUGUGAGCAGCCUCUCCAGGCCGGGCUUCCCUCUGCCCACCCCCGUGCAGAGCCCGCAGCUGAUGCUCUCCCGGCCCUGGGGUGCCGCAGGCUUCUUGUGGAAGGCAGAAUUCGUACGAGUUAGGAAGCUUUGCCUCUCGACUGCAUCACCACGCCACAGGCUCGGACUGGUUUUGUGUAAAAGAUGUCACAGAACGGCACUUUUUCUAAAGAGAAGUUUGCUAUUUUGUAUGCUUGAUAAGAAAGUACAGUAUUGGAAAUUAAAGGUGGACAGCUGAUAAUUGAGAAGUAUGUCAAUUAAUUUUUUAUGUAUAUUACCUGUUUACUUGUACAAUUUUAUUGUACAAAUUACAUGCAGCUUCAUUUUCAAAUGAGUCCUUAAAAUAAGGAAAAUCUUUUUAGCAAAACAUUUAAUUUUUGUAUUUUUGAUUUUAAAAGGCAUGAGUUAUGUCAACUUUUUCCAGUGUAUUAAUGAAGAUUUUAACUUUUCAUCAGGUUGAGUGUUUUCUUACUAUAUUAUCUGUUGUGUAUGUAGCUAGCACAUGGUGUCACUGAACUGUUAAAACUUAGCAUGUAGAGCAAGCCUGUUUUGUGGAAAAUCCUUAUUCAUUAAAAACAAAAUCAUCAUGGCAGAUUUUCUGCAAAAAAAGUGAAAACAUUUGCAAUUCAGAAUACUGAUUUUUUUUGUAUUUAAAGAAAGGUAUUUUGCUUGCAGGAAAGAAAUACUACAGAUUCAUUUUAAUGAGAAUCUUUUAAAUGUAUUUAUCUUUAGGGCAUCCGGGCAUCUUUACGCUGUUUGUCUUAUGUCUUUAUUGAAAUAAAAUGUACAGAACAU